AGUCCGGCCGGAAUGAUCUCUACGUAAGAAGUAAUUCAAAUGAAUUUGGGAGAAUUUAGUCAUACACAAGAACAAGAUUUACAUUCGCAGUUUUCUUCUUCCCCUUUCUUUUUGGAUCCUACCAACAUCCAGCAUUAAGGAGGGUUUGCCCCACGUUUGAAUAGUGAACGUGAAGCUUUACCCGAACGCUUCAUUCACGUCAUCGCUUGCUCUUCAUAAAACUCCUCAGGAUUACUUUGCGCUCAUCGGGAAUCGGGAUAGCAGUUUACAAUCAAAGAUGUACAGAAACUUUGGGAACUUGGGCCGAGGAGGCAGCGACUCUAGGUCCCCCCACACCGGAUCGAGCGCUGUAUCCCAGGGCACCAGCGCCACAACUACUCAACAAGAUCAGAAGUUCACUGUGGCAGGAGGCAGCCAGUUUGUCCCCAGUCUCAAUGCCAUCACUUCCAACCAAGACCUCCAGUGGUUGGUCCAGCCCUCCUUCAUCAGUCCACCUGGCCCCUCACGGCCUCCACGUCCUCCUUACCCACCUGCAGCAGGAAUGAGGUCCUUCAACCCUUCACCUUCCCAACCACACCUCUACAGACCAGGGGUCAUAAGGGCAGCGGCAAGAUCCGGGAGCACAACCAGACGCAGGAACGAUGAACAUUUGUCCCCAGAGGAGCUGGAGAGACGCAGAAUAAGGAGAGAGCGGAACAAACAGGCAGCUGCCAAGUGUCGGAACCGUCGACGUGAGCUGACAGACACGCUGCAAAUCGAGACAGACGAGUUGGAAGGUAGAAAGUCCUGUCUGGAGAAGGAGAUUGCUGAACUACAGAAGGAGAAAGAAAAGCUAGAGUUGGUUCUAGAGGCCCAUCGCCCCAUUUGCAAGAUCCACGACUCUGACUCGGAUUCUGACCAGAGCUCAGAGCUUCCCUCAUUGGGAGGAAUCAAAAUUGAGCCUGAGCUUUCUGACCUACCAGGGAGCUCAGCAAAGAGCCAAUCAAGGAUUGAGAAGCCCAAACCUAAAAUUACUAUCCCUGUCCGUACUGUGACCUCCUCUGCCUCUGCUGUCCCCAUGGAAUCUGAGUCCCUUCACACCCCAAUUCUUAUUUCUACUCCAUCUCUUACUCCUUUCACAGCUAGUCUGGUCUUCAGUUAUCCCUCUGGCUCUCUAGACUCCAGUUCCACUAUUUCAUCCCAGGCUCUAGCCACUCUGUCAUCUUCCUCUCAACAUGGUGUGGCCCAGCAGUCUCGAAACCCCCAGCCCUGUAGUAUUGCCCAUCGCCGUAGCAGCAGCAGUGGGGACCAAUCCGAUCACUCCCUAAACUCCCCUACCAUCAUCACACUGUGAUUUAACAGGCUUCCUUGGUGGGAAAGACUGAGUUACAACACUGACGGUUAUGAAGAUGACGACAAUGAUGAUGACGAUUAUGACAACAACAUAGGUGACUUUAAUAACGACAGUAAUGAUACGCUAAAUGCAGCUGGUCCACUUCAUUUCCUCUGUGCCUACACUUUCCAAAUAGCCCCUACACACUAAAUACACACAAAAGCUAACAUACUGACACUCACAAAAAACAUUAUGGUGAUGCGAAUGACUCAUAUUUAAAGGAUUGUAUUGUUACACAAUUUUUUUGUUUUCCCUGAUGCAUAUAACUUCUGACAACCUAUAUUUGUUAUGAUCAAAACCCAAGAUGUAGAAUUGUGCAAAUGUGCAAACAAAAUGCAUUAACUCAGUGCACUUUGGCAAUAAUGGUGAUUAUUUAAGCAAUAAGGCCCGAGGGGGUGUGGUAUAUGGCCAAUAUACCACAUGGCCAAUAUACCACGGCU